AUGGCACCUCCUCCUGGACCCUACUCCGGCACCAGCACCCUCGCCCUGGUGGCUCGUGUUUCUGCUUUCACUGUCGGAGCCGUUUACGGGAGCAUCAAGCUUAAAUAUCUUCGGGCAAAGGCCAAAUCUCAUCAGAAGGCCGAAGCCAAGGCACAUCACUGA